GGGAGAGGGAGAACUCAUCCGAUGCUUCGGGGGCCUAUGAGUGCAGUCUUGCAGGCACUGGCCGGACUGCUUGGGGGUCUUCCGCUGGUGCGGAGCAGCGUCUUGGUGACAGCAUGGUGGCUAGGUGGCCCCGGAGCUCAGCAAGUUUGCAGCUGGCACCGCGCCCCCCAAGCUGGAACAGACACUUGUGGAAAAUCCUGGCACUGGGGCUUUCGCGGCAGAGCGGUAGCCCUUGGCCGAACCGAUGUGGUCGCUCUCCCACCGCUAAGAGGUGGGGGCAUGCAGAAAAACAGGAGCUUCUCUGCCCCCUUAGCCUGCUUUCCUUUCAGGCUCACAGCCUCCGCUGUGCAGGCGGGGAGUAUUUUCCUUUCACCGCACAGACCCCGCAGUGAAGGCGCACCGGCUGCAGCAGCGCCUGCCUGCGUCUCCAGAGCGAAAUCGCCAAGCGACCGGGAGGACGAGAGGGUGGCGGAGAAACUGGAGGGGGGCAGCCUUGGGCUCCAGACUCUUUCAUAUCUGCUCCGGAGAGCAGUUUGCAAAAACCGUUAGACAGAAGUCGUCCCCAUCAGCUACAGAUGCCGCGAAAGGAGACUCGGCUCAGCGGCAGGUACCAGGCUAGUAGCCCUCAUCCACCAGCGGCGGUGGAGGAGCUUCGAAGAGGCAGGGAGAUUCGAAAUCCAUCCACUAAUUCCGGGCCAAGCGCUCCGGCAUGCGAGCCCGCUUGCCUGCCAAAUGUAACUGUGAAGUGAUGUGGAAAAGUGAGCCGGGUGCCUCCCCUGACGGAUCUCAUUGGGCAGAGCUCCGAGGCAGGUCUACCACUUGGAAAUUCGUAGUGCGCACAACUUUUUGCUGGUCGCUCGCGAGCACGCCCCGCGCGCCUCCGCCGCGGGAAUCACCGGGUGGAGAUGAGCCCUUCCACGCUGUGCGCGCAGCCCACCGAGCGGCCAAGCUGUUGGAUAAAGACUGCCGGCAGAUGAAAAAAAGGAUGCACAGGAGGUGCUGCCAUGUGGGAAACUGGCUCCUGCUUGUCCGUUUCUCUUCUGCUUGCACAGGCACCGGUUCUGUUAGAUGGAUAUCGAAGCUUUUUUUUUUUUCCUUCUACUUCAAGUGCCCUCUAGCGAGCAAUAUCUGCGCAGGCUGCUAUGUAGAAAGAGGCAGAGGGAAGAAAGAAAAAAGCAAUCCGCCAAUUGUCCUCAUUCCUGAACUGCUCCACUCUCCCUGUUUCUUUCCUCAGCGGGGUCAUUUUCACACAAGUAUUCGGCAAAACAAAAAAAGGUGGUGUGGUCAUCGAACAAGGACACAUCAAAUGUCAUCAGAUAAUGUUCCAGUGAGACUUGGGGACUCUAAUCCUCAUUUUUUUUAGUUGCCUGAUGUGGAUAUAAAGGGUCUCAGCUACUCUAGCGUCAUAGUAGACUGCUGCAUUGCUUCCCACCCUGGUAAUGGAUCAACCCUAUGAAACUAUAAGCAAGCCCUCAAUUAAAUGCUUUAUCUUAGAAGAUGCC